AUGUCUAUUGAAGAGCUUGUGAAAUCUGUGGCCUGCAAAAUAAAUUAUUACAUUGAUGUAAAACAACGAGAAGAUGGCUUUAACCUCAGUGGAAGUCCUUUGAGAUCUAGAAAACCUUUGUACAUACCAGCACCUCCUCAAAGGCUUUAUGGGUCUAAUUCCAUCAAAAGAAACAGAUUUUCAAUAUACAACACAUUGCAAGAACAACCAAGUAUUUUACUAAAGAGACGACAAAGAACUCAGAAUUAUAUCCCAGCUGUUAUUGGAAGCCCAAAACGAGACAAAAUUGUUCAAACUGCAAGUAAAUUCUUGGUUUCUUUGGGUUUUCCUAAUACCAAUUCUCUACACCAACACAGAAAACAACAUAAUACAGAAAACAAGAAUCACAAACUACCAAGCAUAAAUGACAGAAAAAAUUACCAGGGAAUGUUAUUAAAAGAUUCUUUUAAAAUGGAACCAACAAAAGAUUUUAUUUAUGAUGACACUGGUUCGUUCUGUAAAGAAGAAAUUAUUUUGGACUAUGGAAAAAUAACUCCUGAUCCUCCUCCAGCAAUUAAUUCUACUCAAAUUCCAGAUUCUCAUCCAGAAUCCCUGAAUCCAUGUCCUCCAAAAGAAGUCAAACCCUCUUACUCUGUUUCCUAUUCUGCUGAUCCCACCCCAGAGUCUUAUGGAGUCCUUAUGCAUUGUGCAACACAAACAGAUUCAGAUAACAUUCUCAUACAAAGAUACCCACCAAAUAAUGUAGAUCAAGAGUACAAGGAAAUCACAUCAGGAAAAGAAACUAAGUACAUUGUUGUUGUAAAAACUGGAAAUGUUCUUGGUGCAAGUACGAGGGCCCAAAUCAAAAUAAUAUUGUGUGGGACUGAAGGAAAGACUGGAGCCAUCUCUUUGCUCAAGUCAGAGACCAACAAGAUAAAAUUUCAAAAAGGAAAAGAAGAUCAUUUUAUUCUGAAAACUUUUAAUGUUGGCUACAUUGAGAAAAUUCGAAUUGGGCAUAACAGACUAGAAUUACCUUAUGCAUGGUUCCUUGAUUAUGUGACUGUGUAUGACCAAACAGAGAAAUGGAUGUAUAAGUUUCCCUGUGGUCAGUGGUUCUCAGGUGAGGAUGGAGAUAGACAGACAUACCGUGAAAUUUUAUCUACACAAAAUAUGGCUAUGGUAGAAGAUAUUCAGAAUGCAAACGAAGAAGAUAUUUUACAGUGGCUUGCUAAAACAGAAAACCAUGAUAAGAAUAGAGAAAAGAAUCAUCAGGAAAUUGCAUCAGAAAAAAUUCAAACUGAAAUACAUUUAAAUGAACAUUCAGAACUUGAUACACCUAGAUCUGAUUUGUCAUCAUUAUCAAGCAACAUAGGCAACCGAUUCCAUCAAGGGACAUUGAUUUCUGUACAGAACCAAGUCACAACAGGAACUCAAACAAACAAAAUCCCAAGCAGACAUUAUAACCUGGCCAGAGAUUUUCAUCAACCACAAAAUAACAGCCCUGCAUUUGAACAGGAACAAAAAGAAGUCCACAGCGAACCGGUUUCUUUUUCUUUUACACGUAGCCGUGAUAGUGUUUCUUCAUCGAAGACAAAUUAUAAAGCUGACGAUGAUGAACCAUCUCAAAGCUGGCAAAAUUACUCAGACAUGGACCCUAAUUUUCACAACUCCGUUGUCAAUUCCUCAUUAUCAACAACUUCUUCACCGUCCUCUUCAUCUUCAUUGUCGUGCUCUUCACAAAUUUCGCAAAAAAGGCUACCAAAAAGUGAUUCAUUUUGCGAUUGUUAUGUUCUUGGCAAAGAAAAGAGCUGCCAAUGUGGCGAAGAAGAUUCAUAUUUUGAUUGGGUUUGGGAUGAGGAUUCCAAGUCUUCAGCCUGUCACCUGAAACAAGAUCACCGUGAAGUGAUGUUCCAUAUGGAUUACAGUUGUGGUACAGCAGCUGUACGUGGAACAGUCCCAAUGAAAGAAAACCAACAUUACUGGGAAGUGAAGAUGACUUCAACUGUUUAUGGCACUGACAUGAUGGUUGGUGUUAGCACAAUGAACAUUGAUCUUAAUAAAUACAGACAUGCUUUUUGCAGUCUACUUGGUCGAGAUGAAGACAGUUGGGGUUUAUCUUAUACUGGAGUUACUCAUCAUAAAGCACGAAAGGAACUGUAUACAUCCAAAUUUGGCCAAGGAGAUAUUAUUGGUGUCCAUCUCGACAUGUGGUUGGGAACUAUGUCUUAUUACAAAAAUAGGAGGCCUUUAGGCAUUGCUUACCGGGGUCUACAGGGCAAGAGUUUGUAUCCAGUGGUAUCCUCAACAGCCGCUCGUAGUGGCAUGAAAGUGGUCAAAUGCCGUUCCUUCCCGACAUCUUUACAAUUUGCCUGCUGUCAGGCCCUUCGCAGAUACAUCCCACCACAUCUAGAUGUACUUGAAGUAGUUGAUCUGCCACCAGGUCUGCGUUCAUUUUUACAGAACAAAGUCAGCUGGCUACUGCAGUCAUGUGUAUUCCCCACACAAAAGAACCUUGUUAAUACAGGUAAAAAACGCUCUUGCUCUGAGCCGUCAGGAUGCUAUGAGGAUGAUGACAGAUGUAAGCGUCGCUGCUUGUGGGAAGUUUGUCCAUUACAAGGAAUGUCCUGA